UCAUACAUCGGUAUAAUGACACAGACCAGAGACCACCGGAGCUAGCCGAUAACAUGUUGGUUACGUACGCUGACGGCCAUUGGAGUGCGCCAUAUUUCGACUGCGAAGGGGGUAAUAUCUGGAUGAUAACGUACACGGUGCCAUUCCUUGGAUCGCAUCCCAACGGGAGCUACUAUUUCAAAGGAACGAGUGGUCUUGAUAUUGAUCUGCGUGCAAUCGACAUCAAUCAGUGUCCAGAAGAUCCAAAUGAGCCUAAUGAUAGGAACGAAAAGAACAUAUUUGCCGGUUCAGACAGAUGUCACAACGAUUCGCAAGAGUGUAUCUUCCUAAAAGACCAGGGUUUCCGACGUGGAACUUAUCAAUGUAAAUGCCGUGCUGGGUUCUACUUCCCCCUGGCUUUCAGUAACCCACCGGGGGAUACAUACUUUAACGGCACGGACAUGGAGGCGGAAUAUGAUGCGUUCACUAAGAAUAAGCCUAACAGUUACAAUGAGAUGGUCUGCAAGCCGUGUGGUGCGGGGUGUGACACCUGUGUGGAUGGGAGAUCAUGUAGAUUCCCACAUAACUGGACAGUUCGCAUGGUACUGCUAAUCCUACAGUGUAUCACCAUGGGUUGUACUCUGCCGUUGUUCAUAUUCACCAUAUACAACAGGGAUGUCAAGGUCGUGAAGGCAGCGAGUCCCGUAUUAUUAAGAAUUAUCCUGGUCGGAUCACUCUUCCUCUACUGUCCGGUUCUUGUGAGUUUCUACGAACCAACGGUCGUGACUUGCAUGUUACUUCAGUGGUUUAAAGAAGUCGGUUUCUCGAUUCUCUUUGGUGCACUUCUGUUGAAGACAUGGAGAAUAUCUGUGGUGUUCCGAGUGCGAUCAGCUGCCCGAGUACGAAUCACAGACGUGGACCUUAUGAAACGUCUUGGUCUUAUAGUAGCUGUGUCCAUAUUCUACCUAAUAGUCAGAUCGGUUAUAGCGCCGCCAAAGGUCGAGACAGAGACGUCACUGGACAAACUGAAGGCUGAACAGUGCAAGUACGACUGGUGGGACUAUGCUGCAAAUAUCGCUGAGUUGGUGCUUUUAUUGUGGGGUGUACGUCUAUGUUACGUUGUUCGCAAAGCGCCCUCAGAGUUCAACGAGAGUAGGUUCAUCAGCUGGGCCAUCUACAAUGAGACAAUGCUUUCGCUUUUUCUUUGUGUAGCUACCUUCUUCCUUCAGGAUCUGGCCAAUCCCGAUCUUAUUUAUAUCAUAUGGUUUUUGUACAGUCAACUUACAACUACAGUAGUUUUAGCGCUUCUAUUCGGCAGCAAGAUUUACUUGGUGAUCCAAGGCAAGGGCGACAAGACGGAGAGUCGGAUCAAAACUGCCACCACAGCCUUCCGACAGAGGACAUGGGAUAAUUCUCUGUCCUCACAGGGAUUAAUGGCAAAGACCUCCUCAUCGGAAAUGGAGAAACCGUUAAACCAGAGAGAUAUUGAGGACGAGUUAAAGAGGCUGUACACGCAGUUGGAGCAACUGAAAACGAGAAACAUGGUGGUCGGCAACCCACACCUGACCCGAAAGCUCACGGAAAUGGCCGAGGUUGCCCGAGAGACCGAGCAGAUGCUCAUGGAUACGGAGAUGCCCAACAACGUGAAUGGUGUCCACGAGAUAUCCUACUCGUUGAACAAUAACGGCAGGACAAGAAACUCACAAGCCGAUUGGAUUUGAUAACAAGAGUGUAGAUGAACCUAGGAUGAACACUGCUGCGGGAGUGCGUUACGUUGGUGUGUUUCAACUACACGUCGAGAAAUGUCAAAGAAAUAGAAGGGGUGCAGACUGUAGAAAGAUAGAGUGGAUAAUAAGAACUGCCGCCUGUGCGUUUUAUUGGAAUCAAGAAAACCCUACUCUCUCGUGGUUUCAUAUAAGCCCUACAAUUGUAGACCAGGUGUUUGUUGGAGAGAUCACAACCAUGUUCUCAAGUUGUAGCUCGUCCCCUUGUAAAGACCACGAGGACAAGUGUAAAAGAAGCACAGUACACAACACCGGUUUCAUUUGUUGAGCGUCUUUAUACUCUUCGGUGCGGCGUAGUGCGGUUUGGGAUUACUUUUGCCGAGUUUUUUUUUAAAUGAGGAAUCUAGCAGCAUCGCUUUUCACAUCAUCUGCGAUGUAUUGUAAAUGUGUUGGAUAUUCAAACUUUCCAAGCAUCAGGAUUUACAAACCCACGGAGUGGUUCCCUGCAAUUAAGAAUGUCCAACCCGCAUCUACUACACAAUCAGUUGACAAACAACACGACACCGACACCAUGGGGAACACACAGAACAUCCCAUGUGGAGGAAUUGCAGAAGUUAAUUUUACCGGUGCAUGUUAUCUAACCAUCGACAGUUUCGUCUUCAUGAGAGAAGAUAAUUUAGAGUGACUUGAUUGAACUUAGCCUAUCAUAUUGCAAGGGUUUUCCCUCGUCAUCGCUAGCCCCGCCUUUUUAUGCAAAUGUAUGUAAAUUACCUUUAAAAACCCCUGUACCAAUUGCUUUGGUUGUUGUUGCAAUUGGAAGUUUUGUUGUUGUGAAUGUUUGUUUGCUUUAAUACGUUUUUGAAGAGGCUUGGUAAGAACAAUUUGUUGUGAUCGAGCUGCUGUUUUAUAAUUUAUACAUGUACAAGGCAUUCAUAUCGCAAUGGGGAAUGAUAACUAACUUGCGAAAAACUGAAAUUUAAUAAUGCCCGUCCACUGCUUCGUAAUUCAAUUUUAUACGAGGAUUCCUGGCAGAUCGUUAACCCGAAUACUUUGUGCAUAUUUCGAUUUGCCAUAUUGAAAUAAGCACACGAAGACCGUCCCCCAAAUCCCGGACAAGUUAUAAACAGUGAUCUGACGUAUGUGCGGCACGGCUACAUUUAGGACUCGGGCUACAUUUAGGUGCUGCACAGACAUCUUUCUCGAAACCUCGCCACGUUCACAAACUUGUGUUAUUGGUGGCGUUAUUCACUACAAAUCUAUACAUAAUACAUGAGCAUUAGUACUCAUCCACAAACCAAUGAUGAUUUAUAUAUUUAACAUAUCCAUGGAUUACAAAUGUUUUUUUUUUUUUUUUUUUUUUUUUUUUUGGGGGGGGGGGUAUUUGAGAUGAGUUCAACUAUAUAGUGUAUGUUACCAUCGUCCCCUCAACCCUUCUUCGUGUCAAUAUUUCAACCAAGUUUAGCCGGGCAUACGGUUUGGUGUCUCUGAUCGCAUCGUCCUAAUGUGAUAUUUCCGUAUGGCCAGCUGCCCCUGUCCUAUAACGCUGCAGUCUGUUUCCACACCUGUUGGAAUUGCAUGCCGUAUGAUUAUAUUUUCUGCUUAAGCGUAAACCAAUCAAAACCAUGCAUUGGUCCAAGACAAGUGUGCCCCCAGCCACCCCUCACAAAAAAUACUGAAAACCUGACAACACGUUAGUUUUUCAUGGUUUCUGUUUUACCCAGGUUUCCUUAUUAAUAGUUGUCAAUUCAGGGCACGUCAGAAAGUUAAUGUUGCACGGGUUUCACUUCGAUGCAGUGUUGGGGCAAUAGUUCAGUCCCAGCGAGUCCCUACAUCGAUGCGGUUGGCGCAAAGUUGGUUGGGGUUACAUUUUGGGUUGCGGUUACCUAAUGUAUAAUGUUUGGGCUACCCUAUAGUGUCUGGUUCAUUGCUAAGGGACUUAUUUGAUGUGGCUACAUUUAGGUUCGGGCUACAUUUUACGGUAAAAGGCUCGGGCUACAUUUAGAUAUUGUGCCACCUGUUACAGUGCACUCCACGGUAGCCCAAGAUCUUGCAACAUCUUAGGCUACUUUUUGGAGCAAUAGAACCAUGCUACAUGUGUCGAGUGCAUUUGGCUGACCCCUUGUUCAUGAGUUGGCAAUAAUUUUAAUUUGCAAGAAAAACUUUGUGAAAUUUUAAUUCACAAAGCUAUGUGAUAUUGGUUUGGAAUGUAACUACCGUACUAUUGGUGCAAAGGUUUUGCUCUGAUGUUUUUCACCCAAUCAACAUUAGUUAUCACAAGAACGACCAUUGUAUAUUUAAUAUUAUGCCAGUCGUUCAUUGUGCCAAUGUUUUGAAUAAUUCGUUAAUAUCAAGGUGUGAGUGAUAAAGAGAAUCAGAAACUUAUUUUAAGGAAAUUAAUUUCAAAAAUGUCAAUGUCAAAAAAUAGUUUGAUUUAAAGUACUGCUUUUGAGAUCUGGUUGUGACAAUACGUGGGCUUUGAUGUAAAUAUAUUUCACUAAGACGUGGAUAUGUAUUUUUUUUUUUUUUUGCAACAAUGCGGUCGUUAUCUUGACAUUUUCAGUUUGUAUCCUAUGGCUUCGAAGAUCCACAAUGUGAAAUAUAUCUUAACAUCUAAGUUAUAAGUGGUAAAUUAAUUAGAAAGUUCUUAGAUAAUUUAACAAUUAAAGCCAUUAGACACUUUCGGUAAACAGUAUUGUCCAAAGGCCCACACUUCGUCUAUCACAAUUU